UAAUUAUAUCAUCAUCACCAAAUAAUUUAUCAAAACAUUCAUUUAGUCAUCGUCAACUUUUAUCAACCAAUUCAUCAUAAUCUAAAGUUGUAUCAGCCAUCAUAUUAGAUCAGACAUUCCAUCAAUCAUAUCUAAAAGUGUCUUGUAUCUGAAUCUUUAUCGUUAUUUACAUAAUAUUCAUAAAUAAUCCUUAUUUUUCUGUCCUUUGUGACAUUUACAUUCCCUAUUGUUUGAUAUUUUAUAUUUGCUAUAAUCAUUCCCACCAUGGAUCAAACUGAUCAAACCAAUCACAUUGCUGAACUGUCAGUUUCCCCAGGUACCACCAUACCCUUACCACCUACAUCUGCAGAUCAACCAUCUUCAUCAUCACAUUUAGACCCUUCAUCCUCCACACAAAAAUUAACUAUUGCAAUUCCUGAUCAGAAAUUAAGCUCAGCUGAUUCAAGCGCCACCACAACUUCUAUAUCUUCAGGAUGUUCUGUACUACACUCCCCUAUUCCUCAUAAACCAGGUAUCGUAACUUCAUCCAUUAAUGCUCCUUCUGAACCUACUAUUGCUGAAAACCCAUCUGAUUCAACCCCAAGUACUAAUAAUAAUAUCAAAAAGACAAGUAUUUCAACCACCAAUACUGCUAAAAAGGGUCCAUUAUUAAAAGUUAAACCUGAUCCUACAUUAAAAUCGUGUUUAUCUCCAUCAUCAGUUCCUACAACAGGAGAAAAUAUUAAAGAUAUUCCUCCUAUACUGACUCACCCUCCUCAUACAGUAACUUCUAUAUUACAUCCUCCUCCAAAUCAUGAUAUAAUUACUCCUCCACCACCUCAACAUCCUUCAUUCUUAGUAGAAGUAGAUAAUGUUAGUCCCAACAAACAUGGAUUAUUAGGAGUUAAUGAUAAAGGCAUGGCAACUCCAAAUAUUGAUGAACAAUUUGCUCAUUCUCAUAUGGGAAGUAUUAAUACUCCUCUUGUUUCCAAUAAUGCAUUUAAUAGAAGCUCAGUAAGUCCUCCAAUCUUAAAUACUACCACUUCACCACCCUUACUUCCACCUUCAAGAAUGAAUUCUUUAAGAUAUUCUGAUCAUGAUGAUAAAAGAUAUAUUGAAAGUUUACGUCAUUCAAAUAAUAGUUCAUUAUCAUCAUCAGCUGCUGCUACUGCUCAUCCCGAAGAGAAAACUUUAUCCCCCACUACUGAAUUAGAUUUAAUUAAUCAACAAAUUCAAAUCCAACAACAACAACAACAAAAUGAUAAUAAAUUACAUUUAUUAAUUGGAAUCACUGGUUGUAUUUCAAUUCAUAAAAAUAUCUUUCUUAUCAUUGAAAAAUUAUUUGAAUUAUAUACUCAUGAUAAAUUAGAAAUUCAAGUUAUAUUAACUAAAUCAGCUGAAUGGUUUCUUUCGGAAAAAUUAUAUAAAUUCGAACAAUUACAAGUUAAAGUAUGGUAUAGUGAUGAUGAUGCGAAUUAUUUCUUAACCAGUCCAUUUCAAAAACAUAUUGCUCAAUUUCAAUCAUUACCAGCCAAUUUCAGACCUAGAAUAAAUCCUAAUAUUUUAAGUCAAUAUUUCUUAGCGUUUAACUUACAAAGAUGGACUGAUGUAUUAUUAAUUUGUCCAUUGUCAGCUAAUACCAUGGCGAAAUUAAUCACUGGAUUAUCGGAUAAUUUAUUAACUAAUUUAUUACAUUUAUGGCCUAUCCCCCAAGGAUUUUCUCAACUUCAUAAUCAACAACAACCACCCCCACCUUCAUCUUCAUCAAAUACGAAUUUAAAUACUCAUGAUUCAACUAUUUUGACUAAUAAUUUAAUCUCUCCUAAACCAAUUGUGGCAGCAUUGGCAUUGACGAAUGCAAUGUAUGCUCAUCCUAUCACCAAGACUCAAAUUGGUACUUUAAAAGAGACUUAUCCUAAUAUGACGAUUUUAAAACCAGUUGAAAAAUGCGUUACUGGUGAUGGUAGUAUUUCAAUGGGUGGUAUGAGAUCAUGGAGUGAGAUUGUGGAGAUCGUGAGUCAAAAGUUGGGAAGACCUGCUGAUGUCGAAGAUGAUGAAGAAGAAGAAGAGAAGGAAGAGGAGGAGGAAGAAGAAGAAGAAGAAGAAGAGGGAGAAGAUGAUGAUAAAGAGGUAGAAGAAGAGGAUGAUGACGAAGAAGAUGAAGAUGAAGAAGGACAAGAUGAAGUUCCAGUUAAAUCAAUAGAUGAACUGAACAAUGGUCCUGUAAAAGUGAUCAAGAAGGAAAAAGUUAAUAAUAUUCAACUUGUUAAUAAAGAGGGCGAAGCAAGUAGCGCCAAGAGACAUUCCAUUACUCCUAUAUUGAGUAAAGAUCGAGAAGCUUCCAUAACGACUGUACCAUCGAUCCCAAGAUCAAGACAUAAUACAGUGUCAAGAAAGGAAUUACAAGAUCAUGAAAAGUUAGCUCUUGAAAAUGCCAAAUUAAAUGCUGGUAUUGGUAUAAAUUAAUUUAUGAUUCUAUUGCUCUGUAUAUUAGCUUUAUUUAUUAUCUUUCAUUUUAUAAUAUA